AUGGCGGCGUCGGCGGCCGGCACCUCGGGCUCGGCGGCUCCCGCGUCGGCGGCCUGCCCUUCCGGCUCGGGGGGAGCAGCCGCAGGGUCCCAGGGCGUGCUGAUCGGCGACAGGCUGUACUCGGGCGUGCUCAUCACCUUGGAGAACUGCCUGCUGCCCGACGACAAGCUCCGCUUCACGCCGUCCAUGUCGAGCGGUCUCGACAUCGACACCGAGACCGGCCUCCGCGUGGUGGGCUGCGAGCUCAUCCAGGCGGCCGGCAUCCUGCUCCGCCUGCCGCAGGUGGCCAUGGCGACAGGGCAGGUGUUGUUCCAGCGGUUCUUUUACACUAAGUCCUUCGUGAAACAUUCCAUGGAGCAUGUGUCCAUGGCUUGUGUUCACCUGGCUUCCAAAAUAGAAGAGGCUCCGAGACGAAUCAGGGAUGUGAUCAAUGUAUUCCAUCGCCUUCGGCAUCUGAGAGAGAAAAAGAAACCUGUGCCUCUAGUGCUGGAUCAAGAGUAUGUUAAUUUAAAGAACCAGAUUAUAAAGGCAGAAAGAAGGGUUCUCAAGGAGCUGGGCUUCUGCGUCCAUGUGAAGCACCCUCACAAGAUCAUCGUUAUGUACCUGCAGGUGUUGGAGUGUGAGCGUAACCAGCACCUGGUCCAGACUGCGUGGAACUACAUGAAUGAUAGCCUUCGAACAGAUGUUUUUGUGAGGUUCCAGCCUGAAAGCAUUGCCUGUGCCUGCAUCUACCUCGCUGCCCGGACACUGGAGAUCCCUUUACCCAAUCGUCCACAUUGGUUUCUUUUGUUUGGAGCAACUGAAGAAGAAAUUCAAGAAAUUUGCUUUAAAAUCCUGCAGCUUUAUACACGGAAAAAGGUUGAUUUGACACACUUGGAAAGUGAAGUGGAAAAGAGAAAACACGCCAUCGAAGAAGCAAAGGCGCGAGCGAGGGGCCUGCUGCCAGGGAGUGCUCCUGUUCUGGACAGCGCUGCAGGGUUCUCACCUGCUCCCAAGCUGGUAGAAUCCCCCAAAGAAGGUAAAGGAAGCAGGUCGUCCCCAGUCUCUGUGAAGAACGCCAAACGGAGAGCGGAGGGCCCAAAGAAAGCCAAGGCGGACAGCCCUGUCAAUGGCUUGCUUAAGGGACAGGAGAGUCGAAGUCAAAGCAGGAGUCGGGAGCAGAGCUACUCAAGGUCUCCAUCAGGAUCUGCCUCUCCAAAGAGAAGGAAAAGUGAUAGUGGCUCUACCUCAGGUGGAUCCAAGUCACAGAGUCGUUCUCGGAGCCGCAGUGACUCUCCUCCCAGGCAGGUACACCGUGGUGCUCCCUACAAAGGCCCAGAAGUGAGGGGCUCUCGGAAACCCAAGGACUGCAAGUACCUCACCCAGAAGCCACACAAGUCUAGUAGUCGGAGCUCUUCUCCUCGUUCUCGAAGCCGGUCACGAGAACGGACAGACAAUUCUGGAAAAUACAAGAAGAAAAGUCAUUACUAUAGAGAUCAAAGACGAGAGCGCUCAAGGUCAUAUGAUCGCUCAGGUCAUCGCUAUGAGAGGGACCACCCUGGACACAGCAGACAUCGGAGGUGAGGUGGGUUCCCUGGUGCUGCCCUGGGCCCUCCUGUUGGGCACACCCUGGCUUCAGCAGCCUUGGAGCAUGACGGUUUUGAACGUGUUUUUGACUGGACCUUGAGGUGAAUUUAACUGAUGAGACAGUGGGUAAGGUGCCCUUCAGGCUGGCCUGGGGAGCGAGCGCCGCACAUCUGUCCCAGUUGAUGGUGCACCUCAGCUGUGGACCUUCAGGUAGCUGGAUGGAACAGCAAAGGCACACGUCCCCAUUGGCGUGGCUUGGUGCUAUUGACAAGCUGUCUCUUCCCUCCUAAACUGAUACUCAAUUACGUUAAGCCAAGAGGAUGAUUUUUCAAAUCUUUGCCUAUAUUAGGUUGUACUUGUGUACAUAUUUUGCAGUGUUUCACAGUAAGAAAAUGGCCUUAAUAGCCCCUUUGUACCUAUUUACGGUGUAAUAAACAUGUGUUUGAUACAAGUGGAAGCUAUGUGUGAGAGCUCAGAACUUGAAUUCUGUUAGCUGAACACUUGUAGAGAGAAUUCUGAUUUUAAAUGUGAAGGAAUUUAGGUCUGUGUUGAGAGUCAUAUAUUUUUAUCUGUGCAAGCUGAGUGCAGGCCACCAGCUCUAGAGAAAUCUUACGUGGUUGAAUAAAGAAAAUCCUCAGGACCUUGUUA